AUGAAAAGAAGAUGUUAUUUCUAAAAAUAUGAGAAAUUAAAAAGUCCUGAUGAUCUUCUAAACAGACUAAAUUGUGAAUCUAUAAAACCAAAAUUUAUUGAUUACAUACUCUCAAAUAAGAAUAAUGAAGAAAAGAAAAAAAUGAUUUAAGUUUACAAACAAAGAGUCUGUAAGUCACUUGAUCCAUUAAGAAAUAUUAAAAUGGAUAAAAAAACAUUAUAAGAAGAAUAUUCCAAAUACUUAACCAACCCCGAAAACUUAGCAUACAUAAGGAUUCAAAAUAUUUAAUAAAUUUAAGGAAUUAACAGUCCUCAAUAAAGUAAUGUAAAUUUAUCUAAACAUCUCGUAAUCAAAUAUCAAUUGAUAAAUCCAUUUUGA